AUGGAUAUACUCUGUUGGCAGUUAUUCUCCAAACGUGUUUAUCAACAUAUUUUUGAACAUUUCAUAACUGGAAAACGCGUCAUUUUUCAAGAAAUGUUACACGCGGCCGAUGAGACCUUUUAUCAAUUUGUUAACAACGAUAUAAAACAUUUUUCAAGCACAUUGUUAGCUGAUUUUAUAAUUUUGAAGGAGAGUUGUCUCAAUUAUAAAGAUGAUAUGGAAGAAGAUGAGCUUGAACUCAAACAAAUGGUACUGGAAUAUUUUUAUAGCGAUGAUCGGCAUAUAUUUAAGUUCGAGCGGGGUCUCACAUUCGCACAUAUUAUUAAACAGCUGGCCGCAUUAAGUGGUCUUCAUGUUCAAUCCAAUCAGAACUAUCUGAAAGAUAUUCCAUGUGAUGUCAUCCGGAAUGAUAAUUUAGAUCUAAAUACAAUAAUUACCGAGUUUCAGCGACUUCGACCACCACCUUGUAAUGAUAAUCGUACAAUAUUUAAUGUCACUCAAAACAAUCUGAACGAAUUUUUAACUAAAUGCCCUUUGUAUCCUACAAGUUCAUCGGCGGUGAGGACAGUAAUGAUUGAUCUUCGGAACGAAUAUUUAGUACGAGUUAUUCAAGAUGAAAUACGUCAACAUAUUUACGUACCAUGGGGUCGGAGACAUUAUUUAGGAGUGGAACGGUUAUUGCUAAAGAGUGGUUUCACAAAAAUAUGA